GCAACCCAUCCCAAGUUCAACCAACACGCUUCUCUCAACAAACAGACCUCUCCUCGUAGGCGGCAAGCGAUUCCUGUGUGCUAGCGGUGCUCCUGUCCCGACUAGAACCGCAUUCCACCGCCGAACACGUAAGCCUGCCAUGGACAAGGCACCUUGCGAUUGGGUCACAACACUACUAUUAGCUUUUCAUUUAUUAAUCCACAAACGCACGCCUUAGUUGAGUCCGAGCGAGCCUGCUUUUUCUCGCAGCAGCAGCAGCAGCAGCAGCGGCGAUGGCGGAGGCGGUCGCGGUGGUGCGCGCGAAGAAGCACGCGGAGGCGAACGGCGCGGGGGAAGUGUCGCUGAUGCGGUCCGAGAGUUUGCUGGAGGAGAAGUUCGACGCGUACGAGGCGGCCAACUACCGCAUGUGGGUCCGCUCCAAGUCGGACGCCGCCGGCAGCUUCAAGGCUCCGAAGUCUCGCAGCAGCAAGAAGCACAACUUGGAUUUCCUCGAUAGCUACGGCUUCUCUCCGCACAAUGCGGAGCUCAUGACACGUGUCGCGAGCACAUCGUUCAAUCCGUCCGACUCCGUCGCCGAGGAGGACCCAGACGACGGCGAGCAGGGUUAUGGCGACGACGGUGACGAAGGGGGAGGUCGGGCGGGGAGGGGAGCGGAAGAAGGGGGCGCUGGCGGAGCGGGGAGCGGAGAGGUCGGCGGAGAGGGGUCGGGGGCGGAAGGCGCGAGGGACAGCAGCAGCAACAGCAGCAGCGGCAGCAGCCACAGCGCUGCGGACGACGACAGGGGCUUGCGAAGCUUCCUAAGGAAAUGCAGACCGAAGGGCCGGCGGGCGAGCAGCAAGAGCGACGAGGGGAAGAGCGGAGAUGGCGCCGAGGGCGGAGAGGGGAAGGCGUCCGAGGUCGGGGGUCGUCUGGCGCGCAGUUUGACGGCGGAUGCAGCGGGGACGACCAUGGCGCGGAGCAUGGAGGAGGGGAUGGGGGGAGGCAUGGGGGAGGGCGUGGAGGAUGACAUGGCGGAUGGCAUGGGGCGGUCGGCGAGCGAAGUGCUGCAGGACGCGGAGAUGGACGAGAUGGACAGAGAGGUGCUGCAAGAGGCCUUCACCCGCGUGCUGGCGUUGGAGCAGCGCGUGCGGCACUACCGCGACCUGGGCGGCUUCGUGGUGCUCAUGGCGCUCUUCAUCGCCAUCCUCUACCUCCAGGCCGACUCCUCCAGAAGCUACCAGAUCACCGCCGCCCACUCCGUGCUCUACCCGCCUGGCAUGAGCCAGGACGCCUCCAACACCUUCGCUAGCAAGGCUGACUUCUACGACUGGCUCAACAACACCGUCAUACAGAACGUGUGGGCGGACCUCACGUGUGGCGACGGCUCGUGCCACCGCCCCUUCCAGUUCCCGGCGUUUGGUCGGUUUGGGUGCGAGGCGGACUGCGGCACGUUCCCCAACCUGACGUCCGUCGUCGUGCGGUUCUCGUCCCAGCUUGACACCCAGCUGGCCGCAGAGGAAUCUUCCUGGAACCUGUGCAUGGUCAACCCCGUCUCCCUCUGCUGGUACGAGUCGUUCCAGUUGUUCCCGAGGGGCGAGGCGGACCUGUCGAUUCCAAUGGACAUACCGGAUGGCGACUGGACGGUGGUGCUCAACGCGCCCUCGGGGGGCAUCCGCGGCACCGUGCACGCGCCCCCUCCCGGCACACGGCACUUCUCCGUCAUUGGCUCUGCUAACACCGUCGAGCUCGCGGCCUGGGGGUACUGCGCGCACGAUGAUGACGUGGAUGACGCCAAUGGGACGGGGCUCCCUGGCUCGACAGACGUCUGCCGUGAUACGUGUGUGAGCCUGGUGGCGUGCCUGCCAGCAGCGUGCAGCCGUGCAUUCACGGAGAGGGAGGUGGCAGGGGCGUUCGUGGACUGUGCUCGCAUGUGCAUCGUGUCGCCCGCCACCAUCACCGGAUACAGCAACGCAUCCUGCCCCAUCUCGGACAUAGCAUCAAUAUUCUCCAACACGCCAUGCAACAUGUCAGGCUCCAACUCACCGGCUCACACGUUUCGCAUCCACCGCCGCCGCAAGGCGCUGUAUCGCUUCCACCGCUCGCGCACCUACUCCCACUGGCCCUCCCCACCCGCCGCUCGCCCCUCCGACGCCGCCUCCCUGCCCCUCGCGGCACCAGUGCACGCUGCUGCUGCUUCUGCUGCUAUCACUGCACGGGCAGUGCAGCAAGUGCCGGGAGCACAGAGAGCAGCAGUGAGACCACCAGCACCACCAUCUCCAACACCACCACUAACCUCCUCCUCCUCAUCUUCAGCAUCAACAUCAGCAUCAGCAUCAGCAGCAGAAGCAGCAGCAGCAGCCAUGAGGGCAGCUGGAACAACAACAGAAGACCCCUCUCUCCCCUCGCCCUGGUCGCUCCUGGGCGCCACGGACAGCCAGCGAAUGACAGCGCUGCAGGUGGCGGUGUCUCGAGCGCUCUUCACCAUGGCCAAGGACCGCUGCCUGGCCGGGCGGGCACCGGGAUCAGGGGCGAGGCCCCUGGAGGGAGGCGCAGGCAGCGUGAGGCCGCGCAUUGUGGCGUGCCUGUGCACGGUGCUGGGAGGGCCGGCCGCAGGCAUGGAGGAGUGCCGCUUCACGGAUGAGGCGGGGCGGCACGUGGUGGCGGCGGGCGACAUGUACGCGUACCUGCAGCGCACGCAUGUGAGGGGCGGCCGCGUCAUCUCCUCGCAGCACAUGCGGCGCUUCGUGCAGACCGUGGUGGCGGCACUGCUCUCCGUCACACCCAUGGCCGACGCCUCUGCUGCGCGCCUCAACUCGCUGCUCCACGCCUUCGACGACGCCAUCAUCACCUCGCAAGCCGUUGGAUGCUCGCAAGGCGGGGCGUGGCUGCAGUGGCGCGCGGGUGUGAAGCACAACACGACCAUCCAUGUGGGGGACAAGGUCACAUGGGUGUGGGAUGACGACCUCCCGCACUCCCUCAGAGUGGCGGGGAUGGGCGAGGCGGGUGACCCUUUGUUUCACGGUUUCGGAGGGAAUCGCCUGGCGGUGGCGCGGCAGCUGGCUUGCUCCCCCAUGAACGCUGGCGAGGGGGAUGCCAGCGACGACCCACUGCCGUGCGUGCUCACUAUGGACAGCGAUCCCGCAGGCUCCUUCUCCUACAGCAAGCUGUUUGAGCAGCCUGCCACCAUCUACUACCAGGACGGCGCUCUGCCAGGGGCUGCAGGAGACUCCCUCGUGUCCUCCUCCUCCUCCUCCUCCUCCUCCUCCUCCUCCCUGUCGUCUGCCAGUGUUCUCACAGUGAUACCUGCUCGGGCAGGAGCUGAGACUGCUGGUGUCGCCAAUGCCACUGACGCCAGCAGCAUCUCUAGCACCGUCACCACCUCCACCAAACUUGCUCCCACCACCCCCUCCUCCACCCCCCCGGCGGUCUACUUCUGUGCGCCGGGGUGUCGGCUGCAGCGGCUGGCCAACGGGGUGUGCAACGCGGCGUGCAACGUGCCCGCGUGCGCCUUUGACGGCGGCGACUGCGCGUGUGUCGACCCGCUCUUCGGCCCGGGCAUCUGCUCCUGCCCCCCCGGCCACACCCGCCGCGACGACGGCUCGUGCUGUCUGUCGACGGCGGUGGGAGCCAACCUCAACUUCCCCUUCUCGCUGCAGCGCUACGGGCCGAACUACAGCGAGAGCAACUACGCCUUCGCGGCGGAGAGAGGCUACCCGGUCACCCGCUUCAUCUCUGCCCGAAACCGUCUGCUGAUAGGCAUGGUGCUGCAGCAGGACCGGUGGGGCACAAAGGUCUGCAGCGGCCAGGGAGUGCUGCACCUGGCGGGGUGGUGCAGCAACGGCACGUCCAGGGAGCCGUUUGGAGUGAACCCGCACUUCCUGCCCACGUCAGCCAUCUACGACAGCGCAGCCACUGCCAACAUGAGCCAGCUGGACAACAACACUUUUGGCUUUAAGCUCAAGUUCAACCCGCAGGGGCUGCCCUACGGAUUCAUCUACCCCAUCGAUUCGCUCUCGGUCUACCCUCUGGUGUUUGACAUCAAUCUCGACUACGAGGCGGCCACGAGGCGUCUUCAAUACCUGGUGGAUGGAAGCUACAUCGACAAUGGCACGCGCGGCAUCGACGUCAGCUUCAUAACCUUCAAUGGCGAGUCGCGCACGUUUGUGGUGACCACGGUGACCUGCACAGUCAGCACAGGCGGCAGUAUGGGGGUGAGCUAUAAGUCGCAGCCCGUAGCCAUGGAGAUGUACGACGCGUCGGCGGACAACAUCGCGCGCCUGGUGCUGGAGAUUAUCUACGUGGUGGGGCUGCUGUGGAAUGUGUGCGGCGAGGUGCAGGAGAUGGCGGACCGCUCUGCCACUGAUGGCUCCGUGCUCAGCUACUUUGGGUCCGCCUGGAACUGGAUUGACAUUCUCUCCCUCACCCUGCAAGCAGCGGCGGUUGUCAUCUGGAUCAUCCUGUGGCGAUAUGUGGACUCGUUUGACAUGCAGCCGCGCUACGACAUCUACUACACGCUGCUGGAGAUGCCGCGCUACUGGGCCGUGCCCAACCCGCCCACGGGCUUCCUCAGCGCCUCCCAGGCCUUUCUGGACCUCCGCACCAUCAUCAACCUGCGUGCCCUCUACUUCGCCCUCCAGGGCAUCAAUCUCUUCUUCAUGAUGGUGCGUCUCCUCAAGGUCAUGGACUUCCAGCCCUACUUGGGGGUCAUCACUCGUUCCAUCGGCCUCGCCACGCCCUCCCUGCUGCACUUCUUCCUGCUGUCCUUCGCGGUCUUCUUCUGCUUCAGCAUGUACGGCUACCUCGUCUUUGGGGGCGCACUAGAGCAGUUCUCAACAGUGCUGGAGUCGAUGUUUUCGUGCUUCCUGCUGCUGCUGAAUGACAACUCCUCGGCCUACUUCUUCCAGCGCCUGGAGUCGUGGGACCUGAUCGCCGCCAUGCUCUUCUUCUUCAUGUUCAUUGUCUUCAUGGUCUUCAUCCUCCUCAACUUCCUCAUCGCCAUCAUCGUCGACGCCUUCAUGAGUGUCAAGGACGCCAACGCGUGCCCCACCUCCAUAGCGGCCGAUCUGAACCACAUAUUCAAGUACAAGUGGAACUGCUGGCGCGGCCACUACCUGCCGUACCGCCUCAUUCUCACCCGCCUCGUGGAGCUGGGAGCCAAGGACACGAGGGUACUCGAGUUGGACCACAGGAUGCGCCGCUUCCAGUCCAUGAGGCGGCGCGCAUGGGCGGCCUUCUCCCGCGGCACUGGCAGCACCUGCAAGCCCUCGCACUUCACACGGGCAGACAACCACCCCGCCUUCCCUGCUGCUGUGACCGUGUCUCGGGUGCGGCGGCAGCACGUGCUGACAGUGAGGGAGAAGCGCAUCGACGCCAUCUCCCUCGCCAUGAUCCUGCAGCGCCGCCAUGACAGGGGGGCUGCCCCCCAAAAGUCCGACCCGUCGCCCUGGUGUUCGCGAGAGGUGUGCUUGGCCGAGGGGGAAGAGGAGGCGGGGCUGGAGCAUCUGUCGCAGGCGCUGGUGCUGCAGUGCGGCGAGGUGGUGCGGCAGGCCGCCCUGCCGGUCAAGAAGCCCGUGCAGAAGCUCAGCCUGCUGCAAAUACAAGAGGAGUUGGUGCGCAGCCAGGCGAGGGUGGAGGAGCUCAAGGCCAUGAUGGGCGACAUGCAGGCCAUGAUGCACCACCUUCUUAGCCGCACACCCCCCGCUGCGGCUGCUGCCGGGGAUGCUGCUGUGGGUGCUGCUGUGGGUGCUGCUGUGGGUGGUGCUGUGGGCGGUCUGUCAGCGCCCACCAUGUGGCGUGCGUCCAUGCAGCCAUCACCCCUCCAUGGAUCCACCACACAGUCAUUGCGGGGGCAGCGGCCACCGGAGCAAGCGGCGAGUGAAAGGGAGGUGCAGGCAGGUUGCAGCAAUGAGGGGGCAGGUGGAGGGGCAGGUGGGGGGGCAGGGGAUGGAGAGGCAGCAGCAGAGGGCUCAAGAGAUGGUUCAGGCGUUGGUGCAGUAGGCAGAAGUAGAAGCCCGAGUCAGGGCUCAAAACGCGGGUCGGGUAGACGGGUGUCAUUUUACGCCGCUCCAGGUGAUGGCGAGAGCUCCUUGGCUACAGAGGAGGGAUGGCAACAGCAGCCAUUGAUAUAAAUGCCUUGUAAAUUGCAUUGAGCGAUGUGUUUAGGCUUCAGUUGAGCCUUUCUACACCAAGUAGGACGGUAGCUGUAUUGUGUUGAUAAGCUUCCUUCGUGGUGUUUUGUGUUUUGUGGUUUGUCAGCCUGGCGUGGAUGAGACUUGACAUG